AUGGCGGACCGAGGCAAAGGAGGCCCCAAAUCUCCAGUUCAAGCCUUCGGUUUGCACCACAACGUUCGACAGCAUACACCGAACUUGGGGGUCGUUUACUUGGAGCAGGGAAAAGCGUCACAAGCACUUGCAUAUCUCGACAAAGCACUUGAGUUUGAUCCUGAGCAUGAGCAGGCAUUAUUAAAUUCCGCCAUACUUUUACAAGAACUGGGACGUGAAGAGCUUCGCAAAGUGGCAAGAGAGAGACUCCUGAAGCUACUCAGAAAGGACUCUAAUAAUGAACGUUUGCAUUUCAACCUGGGAAUGUUGGCUAUGGACGACCAUGAUACUGCGAGUGCUGAGAGGUGGUUCAGGAAUGCUGUUGCGUUGAAGGAGGAUUUCAGAUCUGCACUGUUCAAUCUGGCCCUUUUACUCGCUGAUGCGCAGAGACCGUUGGAGGCUGCUCCAUUCUUGAAUCAACUCGUUAGAUUCCAUCCAGAUCACAUCAAAGGACUGAUACUAUUAGGCGAUAUUUAUAUUAAUAAUAUUAAGGAUUUUAAUGCUGCUGAAAAC